UUUUUUUAUUAGGUUCAAUUCAAGUGUACAACAAAAACACAAGUGGUAAAUAGUAAUUUGUACAACUGUUUCACUGACAUGCAGAGAAACUAGAAAUCACAAUAAUUUUCGAUUUUUAAUUAUCACAUCGCGCUGGACGCUGAACGCUGUUUGUUCUUUUACUUGGUAAUCAUCGUAUGAUUCUAAUUUCAAUUUUCAAUACAGUUUUAUCUUGUGAAUGCAGUAUUGUGCGAUCGGCUUGCGUUUAAAAAUUAGGAUAUCAAUAACUGGGUGAUUUUUCUCUUUUCGUCGUAUAUCCAGAAUCGUAAUUCUCAGUGAACCACUUUGAAUCCUACAGUCAACUUUGCAAUUGUUUUACUACAAAGAAGCUAACAUGUUUCCCAAUGCAUUGACGACGGACAUGUUUGGAAACGAUAAUCCAUACAGAAAUUCGAUGCGCCAAAUGGACCAAAUGAUGAAUUCAUUUUUUGGCGGAUUUCCUGAUCCAAUGGCUGGCAUGAUGAUGCCAUUUGGCGGUGGAAUGUUUGGAAAUUUUGGUUCCAUGAUGGGUAAUAUGAAUAAUCCUAUGAAUAUGAUGGUCAGUGGUAAUCACCCUGGUCAAUCAUUCAGCAGCAGCAGUAGUACAUUUAUGUCAUACUCAUCAAAUGGACCAAAUGGACAACCACAAGUAUAUAAAGCUUCCACUUCUACACGUACCGGUCCAGGAGGAGUAAAAGAGACAAAAAAAGCUGUUAGCGAUUCAAGGACAGGUGUUAAGAAGUUGGCUAUUGGGCAUCAUAUUGGAGACCGUGCACAUAUUGUUGAACGUCAACAAAAUUUAUAUUCCGGAGACCAAGAAGAAAACCAAGAAUAUAUUAAUUUGGAUGAUGAUGAAGCUGAAGAGUUCAACAACGAAUGGCGCAGUAAAGCACAAAACAUAAAUCCACAUCGUAGCCGUUACUUGCCCUACACUCAUAGUGAGGUGUUGGCUGUAGAAGGUCAUCAAGAUCAAGGAAGAAAACGUGCAGCCAAGCAGCGGACCCCUAAAAAGAUCGAACAAUAUCCUACAAAUGAUGCCUAAAUUAAGCUAGCAAGUUAUUUUUUUUUUACUCUUCAUUAAAAAUAUAUAAUAUAGAAUUUUACACUCUCAUUGUAUUCACAAAUUAUAUUUCAAACUGUGUUCCAUAUAAUAAUUUUAAGGAAAGGGUGUGAAAGAGUAUGACAUUUAAAUAGGAUAUGUUUAAUAUUGUAAUAUUAAUUAUUUUAUAAGAAUUUUAAGCUGAAAAAGGAUUAGACCAUUCUUAAUGUUCGGUAAUUAUUUUUAUUUUCUUUACUUAAUAUGUGAGCGAUUUAUUGAUUUUAUAGUUUUCAAUUUGUGAUUCUUGCUGGUAAAGCUUAGCUUAUAGUUAAUACUUAUAAUUAUAAUAAUCUUAUAAA